AUGCAGUGGCUUACCAUUUCUGUUUUCCUUUUGGAUCAAUUCUUUUUCAAAGUCACUGGCUCAGAAUCUGAAUUUAACUUGCAGGGAGAUUAUUUGUUGGGUGGAUUAUUUUCACUGAAUAAUGUUUUUCCAUCAGUACCUCAGUACUACCCAGUGGCCCUUGACUGUACCAAAUAUAGGUUUGAUGAGUCGUCUUAUCAGAUGUUCCAGAUGAUGAGGUUUACAGUGGAAGAGAUUAAUAACUCUUCGACCCUCCUUCCUAAUGUCACACUCGGCUAUGAGAUCUUUGACCAUUGUUCGGUGAUGCAGAAUUUUCCCUCUGUGUUCAGUUUUAUCUCUGAGAAUGGAUCCAUUCCAGUUCAGAGAUAUUUAAACAAAUACAAGCCUAAAAUAAUUGCUCUGACAGGGCCAUAUGGAAGCACUAAAACAAUUUCAGUGAUCCCUUUGUUCACAAUGACCCUCGUUCCGAUGGUGACUUACGGAGCGUCAAAUUAUCAACUGAGUAAUAAAAACAUGUACCCUUCUUUUAUAAGAACUGUGCCUAACAACAAAGCCCUGAUAGAUAUAAUUAUUCACAUUAUUAAAUGGUUCAGAUGGAACUGGGUCGCCUUUAUCGGCAGUCAGGAUGACUAUAGUCAAGAUGGCCUGUAUUUAUUUUCUCAGUCUGCCAAAAUAAAUAACAUCUGUUUGGCCUAUCAGCAUUUAAUUGACCAAAGCUCGAACUAUAUUUCCAUACUGAGUAGAAUUGAAAAAAGCAACAUUAAAGUCAUCGUGGUUUUUUCAUCUAUCGAAGUAGCAAAAAACGUCAUCAGAGCUGCGAUCAAGAACAACAUCACAAAUAAAGUUUGGAUCGCGAGUGAGGUGUGGUCCAUGAAUAAACAGCUUCUGAAUGAACCAGGAAUACAAAACAUUGGGGAGAUUUUUGGCAUUACAGAAAAGCUACUGUCUUUUCCUGGAUUCGAACAGUUUAUGUACAAGAAACAGAGUAAGAGCAAUGAUAAAUACUUGAAAGAUGGUGAAAUUCAUCCUCCUCAGCCAGUAAGAAAAAUGUGUAACCAAGAAUGUCAUAACUGCUCAAGUUUGAGUCCAAAGGAAAUUUUAAAUGAAGAUCCCACAUUUUCUUUUCCUAUUUAUGCUGCGAUCUACACCAUGGCAAAAGCAUUACACAAAGUUCUACACUGCGAUGCAAAUGGUUGCAACAAAAACAUUACAGUUUACCCUUUCAUGCUUUUGAAGGAAAUUAAACAGGUGGAUUUUCUUCUUCAUGGCCGUAAAGUGAAGUAUGAUCAAAAUGGAGAUCUACCUGUCUUUUAUGAUGUGAUCUUCUGGCGCCUUGAAACCAGUCCUCCAGUCUUUGAGAGAAUCGGCACAUACUACUCAUAUCCAGAAAUUGCUUUCACCAUCAACAACUCCCUUAUAGGCUGGGACAAUGAUGCUUCUGUUCCUUUCGCAAACUGCUCAGUUGAAUGUACAGCGGGAUUCAGGAAGGAAAAGGACCAUAAUUAUGCAUGCUGUUUUCAGUGUAAGAUGUGUGAAAGAGAUACCUACAUAAACUAUACAUACGACCCGUACACUUGCAAGUCAUGUAAUGUGGACGAUUGGUCUGAAGAGGGAAGCACAUCUUGCCAGAAGCGCUCCAUUCUGUAUCUUCAGUACACAAACCCUCUUUCCAUAUUACUUAUGGUAUUUGUUGUCACUCUGAUGGUGUUGUGUGUUGCAAUUAUCAUAAUCUUCUUAUAUAAUUAUGACACACCGGUUGUGAAAUCUGCUGGAGGCAAUAUGUGUUUUGUCAUGCUUGCUUCUUUGGCUUUAUCUUGUAUAAGUGUGUUGUGUUUCUUGGGAAAGCCAACAGAGAUCCAAUGUAUUUUCAGAAAUGCGGUGUUUUACUUUUUCUACACCGUCUGCCUUUCCUGCAUGACAGUGCGCUCCUUACAGAUAUUCUGCAUUUUUAAAAUGGCUGCCAGGUUUCCCCAAAUCCAAAAAUUGUGGGUGGAACGUAAUGGCCAGUGGAUUCUCAUUGCUACUCUUUCGUUGAUUCAAAUCUUCAUUUGUCUUUUACGGAUGACUCUAGAAACCCCCAUUCCUGACAAAACAUACAUAUUAAAAUCAAUCAUCCUUAGCUGUUCACUAGGGAACAAACAGACGUUUUUUACAAGUGUAAUAUUCACAUGGUUCCUCAGUAUCCUCUGUUUCUCCUUUUCCUAUAUGAGCACGGAUCUACCAAAAAACUACAAUGAGGCUAAAUCUAUAGCAUUCAGCAUGCUUUUGUUCUUUAUCACCUGGUCCUUUUACUUUACAGCAGCACACUUUCCUGCAGGGCUGUAUAUCCAGUUUCUUAAUGCAGGGGUACAGUUGUCCAGUUUAUAUGGUAUCGUCCUGAGCUACUUCAUCCCAAAGGCAUAUAUAAUCAUUUUUCAGCCAAAAAAGAACACUCAAGCAUACUUUCAGACAUCAAUUCAGAAUUAUACUCAAACCAUGAGUAGGAUGUAGACUAUAGUCAGGUCCAAAACUCAGACUCCACUGCCACUCGUUUUAUUUCAUCAUUUUAAAAAAUAAUUGUGGUCGUUCAUGGUCUUCUUCUUCCUUUUCUUUCGGCUGCUCCCGUUAGGGGUCACCACAGUGGAUCAUCCUUCCCAAUUUAUCUCAUCUCAUUAUCUCUAGCCGCUUUAUCCUGUUCUACAGGGUCGCAGGCAAGCUGGAGCCUAUCCCAGCUGACUACGAGCA